AAAGAACAGUUACACUCCUGUGAUCAGCAUCUUUCGCUCUGCUCUCUAGACAGAUAUUGUACAACCAUGGCCUCAUCAUAUAGCAUUCGCCAGACCAGCUCUUCUGGUUCUCACAGAGGGUAUGGUGGUCUAGGUGGUGGAUCUGGAAGAGUAUCCUUCAAAGCUCCAAGUGUCCAUGGUGGGUAUGGGGGCCAGGGUGUCUCAGUGUCAUCUGCCCGCUUUGUCUCCUCUGGAAUAGGUGGGGGAUAUGGAGGAGGCUAUGGAGGAAACUAUGGUGGUGGGUUUAGCAGCAGCAACCUUGGAUCUGGGUACGGUGGUGGGUACAACAUUAGUGUAGGAGGCGAUGGCCUGCUGGGUGGAAGUGAAAAGGAGACCAUGCAGAAUCUGAAUGACCGCCUGGCCUCGUACCUGGACAAGGUGCGCUCUUUGGAGACGGCCAACGCAGAUCUGGAGGUGAAGAUCAGGGAGUGGUAUGAGAAGCAAGGACCCAGUACCACUCGUGAUUACAGCAAUUACUUCAAAAUCAUUGAAGACCUCAGGGACAGGAUCCUGGCUGCCACUAUUGACAACUCCAAGGUGGUACUGCAAGUGGACAAUGCCAGGCUGGCUGCAGAUGACUUCAGAACCAAGUAUGAGAAUGAACUUGCCCUGCGCCAGAGUGUUGAAGCUGACAUCAAUGGCCUGCGCAGAGUUCUGGAUGAGCUGACCUUGGCUAGAACUGAUCUGGAACUUCAGAUCGAGAACUUGAAGGAGGAACUUGCUUAUCUUAAGAAGAAUCAUGAGGAGGAAAUCAAUGCAUUACGUGGGCAAACUGGUGGACAAGUAAGUGUAGAAGUUGACGCUGCUCCGACCGUGGAUCUGACCAAGAUUCUGGCUGAAAUGAGAGACCAGUAUGAGUUUAUGGCUGAUAAGAACCGCAAAGAUGCAGAGGCCUGGUUUUUCUCCAAGUCUGAAGAGCUGAACAAGGAAGUCGCAGUACAUUCAGAACAGAUACAGUCAAGCAAGAGCGAAAUCACAGAGCUCCGACGCACAUUCCAGGGCCUGGAAAUAGAACUACAGUCACAACUUAGCAUGAAAGCUUCACUGGAAAAUACCUUGGCAGAGACAGAAGCGCGCUAUGGAGCACAACUUGGUCAGAUGCAGUCUCUAAUAGGCAACUUAGAGUCACAACUGUCAGAGCUCCGAUCUGACAUGGAACGACAGAACCAUGAAUAUAAGGUGCUCAUGGAUAUCAAGACACGCUUAGAGCAGGAGAUUUCAGUCUACCGUCAGUUAUUGGAAGGACAUGAUGCGCAGAUCACGGGAGGGUCACUAAAAGAUGUUAAUAAAAUAGGGAAAUGAAACACCCUUCAUGUAUAUUAGACAGCUGCCUAUAAGACCCUCUUCUCUCAGCGCGUUGAAGACGGACUACAUGUUAACCUUUCUACUGCCAAUGAAAUGAGUAUGACACUAUGGGUCAUCACUGCAGAGCCCUAUGCAGUUACUAAUGCUUUUGAAGAAUCUGGCGUAAUCUUGCAAAUUUGUCUAUUGUUUCAGCUGUCUAAUAAAUAACAUCUUUUGGGUCAUGCAUUAAAAA